UCAGAACUUCUAGUGAUGCUUCAUGGACUUCUGGGUUCAUAGCCUUUUAGCGAUUCCUCAGUAAAAGAUACCUGAUAGCUGGCCCCACCCCUCAGAAAAAUGAGGCGAAGAGAGCAGAUGCUAAGUGGAUCAAGUCAUGCGGCAAAUCAACAGCGGACGAUUGUUGUCUGUUGGCCUUUCACCCAGGACUUCUACCUCCUAACCUAGAGCUUUUCAGCUUUUAAAUCUUUGUACUUAGCUGCCUUGUUAAACACAAUUAAGAGACCUACGAAGUGUGCUGUUCAGCUGGAGUAGAAAAAUGAAAUGGACAGUUAUAGCUGUUAACCUGGUUCAUAAAUUCCAAUGGAUGAAAGCUUUUAUUCACCUUUACUUGGAAAAAUAUCCAAAGUGAAGAGAAACUGAGGGCAGAGCAUCAUUGCACAGUUCUUGCAGUGGAAUGGCCAUAAGAAAUAAUAAAGUGGAAAGAGUUUAGGAUAUUCUAGUAUGAGUGUGACGGGACCAGGGAAUACUGAGUCUUAUGCCAAAUAAGGUAGGUUUAGGUGGUAGGUUUUCUGCUCCGGGCCUUGAACUUUGACAGCAGCAGGCCUGUCAAUGCGUAGUGAUAUCAGUUUGCAAAUGUUCUGGUUGCAGCUGUACCAGAUGGGAUUCGGUAAUUCCGAUUCAGCUGACACCGAAUGAAUACUUGUCACAUACUUGACACUGAUGAUGGAUGAGACACGGUUCCUGCCUUAUUAAGGAGAGUCGAAACUAGCCACAGGAGAAGAACUACGAGGGACUAAGUGCUGUUAUGCAGAUACAGGAGAUGUGCUGCAGUCCCAUAAAGAAGAGUGUUUUUAGCUCAGGCCACGGCACAGAGGGAAGGCUUCCUGGAGAGGGUGGUGUUUUCAAGAAAUGCCAUCAACGAGAAGUAAAAUGUUGGUAAAGAGAGAGCGAGCGCAGGAAGGUGAAGGAAGGUGAAGCAGUUCAUUGGGGGUUUGAGGUUUGGUGGAAGUGAAAGGUUUUGAAACAGUGUCUUCUGUCUUCUCGUCCCACCCCUACCCCCACCUCUCUUCCAGCAGUUGGGUAUUAAAGCUCAAGGAGGAUCUGGUUUGCCUGGGGUAUAGGAGGUGCCAUCUCUUUAUCCACGCUCCAGUGACACAAGAUGCCCUUCAAUGGUGAGAAGCAUUGUGUGGGUGAAGACCAGCCGAGCGAUUCAGACUCUUCCCGGUUUUCCGAAAGCAUGGCUUCCCUCAGUGACUAUGAGUGCUCCAGGCAGAGCUUUACAAGCGACUCCUCCAGCAAAUCCAGCUCCCCUGCUUCAACAAGCCCUCCCAGGGUUGUAACAUUUGAUGAAGUGAUGGCUGCAGCAAGGAACUUAUCAAACAUGACUCUUGCUCAUGAGAUUGCUGUAAAUGAGAACUUUCAGUUGAAACAAGAUGCCCUCCCUGAGAACAGCUUGGCAGGUCGAGUGAGGCACAUUGUCCACCAGGCCUUCUGGGACGUCUUGGAAUCAGAACUGAAUGCAGAACCUCCUGAGUAUGAGCAUGCCAUCAAACUGUUUGAAGAAAUCAGAGAGAUUCUUCUUUCUUUUCUGACUCCUGGUGGCAACCGGCUUCGCAACCAGAUCUGUGAAGUUCUGGACACAGACCUUAUCAGGCAGCAGGCUGAGCACAGUGCUGUUGACAUCCAAGGCCUGGCCAACUAUGUCAUCAGUACGAUGGGAAAGCUGUGUGCUCCUGUGCGAGAUGAUGAUAUCCGAGAGUUAAAGGCUACCGGCAACAUUGUGGAGGUGCUAAGACAAAUAUUUCAUGUCCUGGACCUGAUGAAAAUGGAUAUGGUCAAUUUUACAAUUAGGAGCCUGAGACCACAUCUUCAACGUCAGUUGGUGGAUUAUGAGAGAACCAAGUUUCAAGAAAUUUUAGAAGAAACUCCAAGUGCUCUUGAUCAAACUACAGAAUGGAUCAAAGAAUCUGUACAUGAAGAAUUGCUUUCUCUUUCUGAGACUGCUUUAACUCCUGGGGCCGAAAACAGCUCCAAGCCAAGCCUGAGCCCUACAUUGGUGCUAAAUAACAGUUAUUUGAAACUGUUACAGUGGGAUUAUCAGAAAAAAGAAUUACCAGAGACACUCAUGACAGAUGGAGCACGUCUUCAGGAACUGACAGAAAAGCUGAAUCAAUUGAAAAUGAUUGCCUGCCUGUCCCUAAUUACCAACAACAUGGUGGGUGCUCUUACGGAGGGCUUACCUGAGCUUGCAAUCAAGCUGAAAAGGAUUUCAGCUGUUCUACUUGAAGGCAUGAACAAAGAGACCUUUAACUUGAAGGAAGUCCUGAAUUCCAUCGGUAUUCAGACUUGUGUUGAGGUUAACAAGACCCUGAUGGAGAGGGGUUUACCUGCUUUAAAUGCUGAGGUUCAAGCUAAUCUUGUAGGUCAAUUCUCAAGCAUUGAAGAAGAGGACAAUCCUGUCUGGUCCUUGAUUGAUAAACGAAUCCAGCUAUACAUGAAAAGCCUCCUUUGUCUGCCAAGCCCUCAAAAAUGCAUGCCUCCUGUGCCAGGAGGCCUCACUGUCAUUCAGCAGGAGCUGGAAGUGCUAGGCUCUCAAUAUGCAAACAUUGUGAAUCUCAACAAACAAGUGUAUGGACCAUUUUAUGCAAAUAUACUCCGAAAGCUGCUCUUCAGUGAGGAAGCCACAGGGAAGGCGGAUGCUUCAUCGUCUACUAACUAAAGAGGAACUGACAUUGGAUAAGAGAUUGGAAACCCAGCACUUAGGUACCCCUCCUGUUUUCAUCGUUGGCAUUACAGGCGCAGCACAUUCUCAGGCCUGUCUUUGGCACAGUGUUAGCCCGAAUCUGUGUAAACCAGUAACAUUAGUGUUGCAGAAGACAAGUGCAUCUCAUAGACUCUAUUUGUGCACCAUUUUCAAGUUCAAAAGAAACAUGUUUAAUGAACAGAAAGCAAUUUAUAAUGAAUUGUAUUAUCUAUAUAAUACUCGUGAAUGUUUUCUUAAGCAUUUAUAUCAGGCUUAUUCAUUCAACCCUUAAGGAGUUAUAUUUCCUCACUUGUCACUAUCAAACCUAAUGAUUUUUUUUUUUUAACUUUAGUACAGCUUCUUAAGGGGUUGAAAGUUGUGAAAAUAGGGUCUAUGAGAUGCACUUGUCUUCUGCAGCACUAAUGUUACUGAAUAAAUGAUGCAAAGUAAGGAUAAUUUUAUUAAUGUGUAGUAGAAACUUACACAGUAGGUCCUCAAAUUCUGCAACAUACCAAAAUCACAUUUUGUAAUACCAAUUGUCAGUAUUUGUCUAGAAUUUAAACAUAUUAAAUACAUUUUAAAGCUACAUACAAUUUUUCGAUAAAACCUCCCUUGUUCGUUUAGUGAAAAUAGGCACAAACUCCUUCUAAAAUUUUAUUCUAGAGGGUAGAUUCUUCUUGCAACUUAUCUUGCCCUCUGAGGGAAACAAUUUUUGCACACAUCUCUUUGUAAAUGUCCUGGCAUUUCUCAGGCCAUUGGUAAGGUUUAUAUAAGAUUUUAAUAUUUUUACAUAAGGCCGGAGUGGUUUGAAUUGGUUUUCUUGUAAGAAGAGAAGUUGACAAAAUGAGAUCCUUAUUUUCGGUGAAAUUCCCAUCUGAAAAAGAAACAGUAGAACUUUGGAUUUUUUUUUUUUUUAACCAUGUAAUGUGCUAGCAAAUGCCUUUUGUGCCGAUUAAAUUCUUGCCCUGCUGUGA